AUGGUGGCGACUACUAGGGCUAGGGAGGUAGGGGGAUGGCGUCUGGUGCUAUAUGAGCGGGGAAGACGGAAACAAGGGUCUGUACCUGCCAAACCAGGUAUCUACACAAUUUUUGUGGACAACAUUCCUUUGUCAAUGAAUCCAAAGGGGCUGUAUGAGUUGUUUAAGAAGUUCGGAGUGGUCAGGGAUAUGUUUAUCCCUACUAAAACUAGGAAAACCACAAGGUCAAGGUUUGGCUUUGUCAGAUAUGACUUCUCUGUUGCGGCGGAGAUGGCAAUCCAAAAGGCUAAUGGAGUGUGGUGUGACGACAAAGCUUUAAGGGUCAAGUUCACAGAGUUUGCAAAAGAUACUUCUGCUGGUAGGGGAUGGGUCAGUUUGUUAAAGAAAAGAAGGGCAAUAGGAGAGCGCAACAGCUUGGGAGGAGUUAUCUGGUGA